UAUUUCAACAUAGAUUUCAAAUCCGAAUAUUCCUGCUUGAAUGAUUCAUCUAGUGUUUUUCCUAACAUUUUUAUACAUAACAAUAAGUUUCGCUAAAAAUGAUGUACACAGAGUUGUCGGAGGAUUUCCCUGUAGCACAAAAAAUUAUAAAUUUGUGGUAUCUCUGCAAAGACGUCUUAUGCCGUACCAUUUUUGUGGUGGCUCUUUAAUAAGACUCGAUUUUGUUUUGACGGCUGCCCAUUGCAUAAUGUCAUUUUUGAAUAAUCCAAAGAUGGUGGGUGUAGCAGCUGGAGUAAAUACGAAUAACAAAUUCGGUUCGCAGCGGAGAAGGGCCAGUAAAAUAAUCGCCCAUUCCGAAUUCGACUAUACAACGAUGCAUAAUGAUAUUGCCCUUAUUCUGUUGGAUUCGCCCUUUAAAAGAUCAAUUAACGUUGACGUGGUCAACGUUAGCCCGAAAGUAGCGAUUGGAGAAAUUAUUGACAGCUGCAAAACUGGCACAAUCAUGGGUUUCGGUAUCUCAGCGGUUGUCUACCCGAAUGAAAAAGCAUCAGAAGAAACCUACGUGUACGAAGGAAAUUUAAGCUGUCUGCAUAUUUCGCCGAUAUCGAAUAAAAAGUGUGAGUCGCUCAUUCCUAUUUCCCCGAUUCCUGGUACCUUUUGCGCUGCUUAUUUACCAGGAGGUCAAGAUGCAUGUAAAGGAGACAGCGGAGGUCCUUUUGUAUGCCAUGACUGCCAAAUAGGUGUUAUCAGUGCUGGUUUUGGUUGUGCGCUACCCGACAUUCCGGGCUUCUACAUUCGAAUCGAUAGGUAUUUGGACUUCAUCAACGAAACGAUGGAAAACAAUCAGAUUUACCGAAGAGGCCUCGUAUCGUCAUGUGAUUCUGCCGAUAUUAGCAUUAAUUUGAUGUUUCAUUUGCUACUAAUCAAGUGUUGCAUGCUGCUAUGGCAUUAUUGGAAGGAACUUUUCGCAGAAAUGAAACCAAACAACAGCAGUGGAGAGUUGCAAUGGAUGUUGAACACAAUUUACAUUUCUCUUGUAAUUUGCUCUCCAGACUUCAGUAUAAUGAAAGAAAUCGACUUUUAUCGUAAAUUGGGAAAAAGUAGCCAUCCCGAGUCACUCACAUCUGAUGAAGAAAGUGGAAAGUUACCACCAAAGGAAACUAUUGAA